ACGAGCCCUCCCUACGAUGAUCCCCCCAGCAAGCAGCACCCCUCCGGGAGAGGCCUUCUUCCCCACUUUGGCUCCUCAGGACUUCUGGAGGUCUCAGGUCUCGGGCUACUCGGGGUCUGUGACCCGGCACAUCAGCCACCGGGCCAACAACUUCAAACGACACCCCAAGAGGAGGAAGUGCAUCCGUCCCUCUCCACCCCCACCCCCCAAUACUCCAUGUCCAAUUGAACUAGUGGACUUUGGGGACCUGCACCCCCAGAGGUCCUUCCGGGAGCUGCUCUUCAAUGGCUGCAUUUUGUUUGGCAUUGAGUUCAGCUACGCCAUGGAGACAGCGUACGUGACCCCAGUGCUCCUGCAGAUGGGUCUGCCGGACCAACUCUACAGCCUAGUGUGGUUCAUCAGCCCCAUCCUUGGAUUCCUACUACAGCCUCUAUUGGGUGCUUGGAGUGACCAAUGUACCUCAAGGUUUGGAAGGAGACGCCCUUUCAUUCUUGUCCUGGCUAUAGGGGCGUUGCUGGGUCUCUCACUCUUGCUCAAUGGCAGGGACAUCGGGACAGCCCUGGCUGAUACAGCCAGCAACCACAAGUGGGGCAUCCUGCUCACUGUGUGUGGGGUGGUGCUGAUGGACUUCAGUGCAGAUUCCGCUGACAACCCCAGCCACGCCUACAUGAUGGAUGUGUGCAGCCCUGUGGACCAAGACCGAGGGCUGAACAUUCACGCCCUCCUGGCAGGUCUUGGAGGAGGGUUCGGCUAUGUUGUUGGGGGGAUCCACUGGGACAAAACCAGCUUCGGGCGAGCCCUGGGUGGGCAGCUCCGAGUUAUUUACAUCUUCACCGCAGUCACCCUGAGUGUCACCACCGUCCUGACCCUGGUCAGCAUCCCGGAGCGUCCACUGCGGCCCCUGGGCGAGAAGAGAGCUGCCAUGAAGAGUCCCAGCUUGCCCCUGCCCCCUUCCCCACCCAUCUUGUUUGAGGAAGGUGCUGGUGAGGACCUGCCUUCUCACAAUGCCACCAACUUAUACGCCAGCUUCACCAGCCCCAUCUCUCCUCUCAGCCCCCUCACACCAAAAUACGGCAGCUUCAUCAGCAGGGACAGCUCCCUGACAGGGCUCAGCGAGUUCGCCUCCUCCUUUGGCACCUCCAACAUAGACAGUGUCCUCAUAGACUGCUUCACGGGAGGCCAGGACAGCUACCUGGCCCUUCCCGGAAGCUUCCCCAGACAGACCAUCAGUGUCAGCUUCCCCCGGGUGCCUGAGGGCUUCUACCACCAGGACCGUGGGCUUCUGGAGCGCAGGGAGGCCGCCCUGACCUCUGGCGUGGAUGGGGACAUCUUAAGGGUGGGCUCCUUGGACACCUCAAAGCCACGAUCGGCAGGGAUUCUGAAGAGGCCCCAGACCUUGGCCAUUCCAGAUGCUGCUGGAGGAAGUUGCCCAGAAACUAGCAGGAGAAGGAACGUGACCUUCAGCCAACAGGUGGCGAACAUCUUACUGAACGGCGUGAAGUACGAGAGCGAGCUGACCGGCUCCAGCGAGCAGUCAGAGCAGCCGCUGUCCAUGAGGCGCCUCUGUUCCACCAUCUGCAACAUGCCCAAGGCGCUCCGCAACCUCUGUGUCAACCACUUCCUGGGGUGGCUCUCGUUCGAGGGGAUGCUGCUCUUCUACACGGACUUCAUGGGCGAGGUAGUGUUUCAGGGGAACCCCAAGGCCCCACACACGUCGGAAGAAUAUCAAAAGUACAACAGCGGCGUCACCAUGGGCUGCUGGGGAAUGUGCAUCUACGCCUUCAGCGCCGCCUUCUACUCAGCCGUCCUGGAGAAGCUGGAGGAGCACCUGAGCAUCCGCACGCUCUACUUCAUUGCCUACCUCGCCUUCGGCCUGGGCACCGGGCUGGCGACCCUCUCUCGGAACCUCUAUGUGGUCCUGUCCCUGUGUAUCACCUACGGGGUUCUGUUCUCCACCCUCUGCACCCUGCCCUACUCGCUCCUCUGUGACUACUACCAGAGCAAGAAGUUUGCAGGGUCCAGCGCAGAUGGCACCAAGCGGGGCAUGGGCGUGGACAUCUCCCUGCUGAGUUGCCAAUACUUCCUGGCCCAGAUUCUGGUCUCCCUGGUCCUGGGACCCCUGACUUCAGCUGUGGGCAGCGCCAACGGUGUGAUGUAUUUCUCCAGCCUCAUGUCCUUCCUCGGCUGCCUGUACUCCUCCCUGUUCGUCAUUUAUGAGAUCCCUCCCGGUGACGCUGCAGAUGAGGAGCACCGGCCCCUCCUUCUGAAUGUGUGACACGCCCCCUCCCACCCCAGCCCCAAUCUGGACUCAGGCCUAUGCCGGGUGUCAGGAGCAGGCCCAGCGGGGAAAGACCCAGCCACCCUGGUGGGCAGGGAGAUGGGUUUCAUGUUUGAUGUAAAUAUGUGAUACAACAAUAAACGACAGCAGCAAAGC